AUGGCGACCGAGAAACCGUCGGUGCUGAUCAUCGGCGGCCUGGGCUAUAUCGGUCGGUUCCUCGCUCUGCAUAUCCAGAAGAACAAUCUUGCAUCGGACGUCAGGGUGGUGGACAAGGUGCUGCCGCAGCUCGCAUGGCUAGCGCCAGAGUUCGAAGAAGCAUGUUCUGGAGACAAAUUCAUGCAGGCUGAUGCGACGAGAGAACAAGCACUAGCGAAGGUAUUCGACCGAGCAGAUGGCAAGCAAUGGGAUUAUGUCUUCAACUGCGGUGGAGAGACCAGAUACUCCCAGGAGGACGAGGUGUACAAGUUGAGAUCUCUCAACCUAUCACUGGCGCUGGGCAGAGAAUCGGCCAAGCGCAAGGUGAAAUGCUUUAUCGAGUUGAGUACGGGAAUGGUGUACAAGUCGGACUCGUCUCCCAGCAAGGAAAGCGAUAAGCUUAAGCCGUGGAGUAGAAUCGCUGUCUACAAGCUGGAAGCUGAGCAGGAAUUGGCCAAGAUCGAAGGACUCAAUCUUGUAAUCGUGCGUCUCGCACAUGUCUACGGGCCUUAUGCUUCCCAAUGGGUAGCCACAGCUCUUUGCAUGGCACGUGUAUACCAGCACCUGGAGGACGAGAUGAAGUGGUUGUGGACAAAGGACUUGCGCACGAACACGGCGCAUAUCGACGACGUUACGCGGGCUCUGUGGGACGUCGCCAGGUGGUACGACGCUGGUAAGGCGAACUGGGAUACCAAGGAGAUGGGCACGACUCCAACUUUCAACGUAGUGGACGACGGCUCAACGACGCAAGGCACCAUGGCCGAACUUAUCGGCCAGAUCUUCAACAUCCAGACCGGUUUCCAAGGAACGCUUAUCAGCUCGUUCGCGAGGCUCAACCUAGACAGUGUUGUUGACGACGUCAACGACCAGGUGCUGGGUCCCUGGGCAGAUCUCCAGGCCGACGCCGGUAUUACCCGGACCAGCCCCCUCACGCCAUUUAUGGAGAAGGAGCUUCUCAAGGACACAGACCUCAGCAUGGACGGCGAGCGGCUGAAGAAGGUGGUGGGCUUCCAAUAUGAGAAGCCCCGGAUGACCAAAGAGCUCUUGGAGGACGUGAUCGAAAGUUACAGGAAGAUGAAGUCGUGGCCAUGA